AACAUGAAUCAGCAGAGAGAGAGAGAGCGAGAGAGAGAGAGAGAGAGAGAGAACUAAACAUGGAUGGUGAAGCAGGCCCAGUGUGUGGAGGCAGCCAGAGAGAGAAGAAAAGGUCAUGCAAAGACUUGAUGAUGGAGGUGGAGGAGCUGGAGGAACCAGAUUCGGAUUUUGAGGAAUGUAUCACCAAGAAGCUUUACAAGGUGGACUCUGGGUCUGCACUGGAAGAACCAGAAGAUUUACUCAACAAGAAAAGGAAACACUCGGGUAAAAGUGAAGCUGAGCCUGAACUUAAUGGAGCAGAGUCAUCUGGGUUCCUCCCUGCUUAUCCAGUCUGUGUGUCACGAGACAGAUGGGAAGAAAGAGAAGCAGAAGAGGCAAGUACAAGUUCCAUGUUAGAGUACUGGGUGUAUCCAGAUAACCAGCACAGCAUGGCAGACUGUCCCAUUACCAGGACUAUCACCUCUCCUGCUACUCCAGUAACUCACAGGCCUUGUCCAUUCACACCUGUUCCUAGUUCAGUGGCAGCCGUUGACUCUACAGUGUGCUCUGUAGUUAAUCCUAUGAUGUCUAGCCCCAUGACUGACACGUGUAGUCCCAAUAGUUCUGUGUGCAGUCCCAUCAGGUCAGCCUUGGACACUCUCAGUUCCACAUCCACAAGUCCUGGCUGCGCUGAUCAGGAUCCUGUCAGUGCUGCAGCUCACCUACACCUGUUAGGAGAAUCCUUGUCCCUGAUUGGACACCAUCUUCAGGAGAGCAAUAAAAUGGUGAGUAUGUCGAGUAGCUUGUCUCUGCUCUUGGACUCUCUGCUAUGUGCCCUGGCUCCUCUAAUCUGCCUCACCGCACAGAUACCAGAGCUGAGGAGCUGCACUCAACACACACUGGCCUCCACUCUGGGAAACAUUGCCUAUGUAAUGCCCGGGUUGUGAGUGAUGAAGACCACCCUAGCAGCGCACAGCACGUUCUAAUAUGCUAAAAGACAUUCUAGGUUAGUUUAUACUUGAAAAAUACAUCUAAAAUCUAUUUUGUCAUAAAAGAAUAAUCGUUUGCACUAAAACAUUUUUUUUUAUCUCAAACAUACAAGUUUACUUUAAUAUGUCAGGUUACUUUCUUGAAUUUGUAAAAGAUGUGUGUAAAGAU